CCAGAGCGUAGCGCUCUAACCCCAACCUCCUGGUCUAGCUUGAAACCGGGUGCCGCCAAGAUGCCGGCUUACCACUCUUCUCUCAUGGACCCCGAUACCAAACUCAUUGGAAACAUGGCACUGUUGCCUAUCAGAAGUCAGUUCAAAGGACCCGCCCCUAGAGAGACAAAAGAUACAGAUAUUGUGGAUGAAGCCAUCUAUUAUUUCAAGGCCAAUGUUUUCUUCAAAAACUAUGAGAUUAAGAAUGAAGCUGAUAGAACCUUGAUAUAUAUAACACUCUAUAUUUCUGAGUGUCUGAAGAAACUCCAAAAGUGCAAUUCCAAAAGCCAAGGUGAGAAAGAAAUGUAUACCCUGGGAAUCACUAAUUUUCCUAUUCCUGGAGAGCCUGGUUUUCCACUUAAUGCAAUUUAUGCCAAACCUGCAAACAAACAGGAAGAUGAGGUGAUGAGGGCCUACUUACAGCAGCUGAGACAAGAGACUGGACUGAGACUUUGUGAGAAAGUUUUUGAUCCUCAGAAUGAUAAACCUAGCAAGUGGUGGACUUGCUUUGUGAAGAGACAGUUCAUGAACAAGAGUCUUUCAGGACCUGGACAGUAAAAGGAGCCUGGG